CUCCUCCGUCAGACGUGACGUCGCUGGUCCCCCGCUGAAAAACUUCUCUCGGCUCAAAGUUUUCUAUGAGAGAAAAAAAACAACGAGCCCAAAAUACUCUCUCUGACCAGGAGCCUCGGAAUGUGCGGACAUUUGCACUUCAACAUUGUAUCCCGCCGUCGAAAUGUUAAUGCAUUUGUUUCGUUUCCUCGACUCCGUGGCUGUUGUGGCGACUAUUUGUGUAGCAGUGUUGUUGGCGAAAAGCUGCCUGUGUGUCACCGAGGAGGAAGAUGAGGUCCUGGAGAAAAAACAACUCAUGGAGUUUUACAAAAAGGGUCUGUUUAUCCUGGAGAGCGAGCCGCUGAAACGCUGCAUCACAGUGGAUCGCUCAAAUCUGGUACUGGAGGACUGCGAGCGGCCCACGCGCCGCAUGCUCUGGAAGUGGGUCUCCCGACAUCGCCUCUUCAAUUUGGGCACCAGCAUGUGCCUGGGCCUCAAUAUCUCUGACACGACGCAGCCUCUCGGCACGUUCGAGUGCGACAUGGCUUUCCCUGUGCUGUGGUGGCGCUGCAGUGGAAACAUGCUGUACGGGGCAUCCCAGUGGAUGGUGGCUGUGGCCGGACGUUUGGUGGUGGUAAAGAAAAACUCCUAUCAUGAGUGGAAAAGGUACAACACCCCCAGAGAGGGGCCCUGCUCAUAUCCAUAUGAAGAUAUCCACACUUUGUUGGGAAAUGCACAUGGCAUGCCCUGUGCUUUGCCCUUUAAAUACAACAACAAAUGGUACUCAGAGUGCACGACCGAGGGGCGCGAGGACCAUCUUCAGUGGUGUGCUACCACCACUCGCUAUGAUGAGGCCGAAAGAUGGGGCUUCUGUCCGGUGCAAGAUUCCAGUUGUGAGCAUUUCUGGGAGUCAAACCAGGAGCUGAAUGCGUGUUACCAGUUCAACCUGUACACCAUCCUAACCUGGAGUCAGGCGCUGUCAACCUGUCAAGCUCAAGGUGGAAAUCUGCUCAGCAUCACCAGCCUAGCAGAGCACAGGUACAUCAGAGAUCGACUGGCAAGUGUUGGAGCGAUGGUGUGGAUCGGGCUGAACCACCUGAAGGAUAGAUGGGGGUGGCAGUGGUCUGAUGGUGCACCUCUAUCACUGGUCAAUUUCACCACAGCUCUGCCUGCCAGCCCGCUGCAGGACAACAGCCAGUGUGGAGUGUACAACUCAGCCUUCGAGGGUCACUGGCAGAGUCUGUCCUGUGAGUCUGCUCUGCCUUACAUCUGUAAGAAGACGCCUAACGACACCCAGAGAGCCGAGCCACUAGAGAACUGGCAGUAUAUCCACACAGAGUGUGCUAAUGGUUGGUGGCCUCAUAAUGGUUUCUGCUACCGGCUGCUGUCAAAAACAGAAGCAGGAAGCUGGGAGGAUUCUUCCCGGGCCUGUGGCUCUCAGGGGGCAAACCUCACCAGCCUCCACUCUCUGUCUGAUGUGGAAAUGCUGCUCAACCUCCUGGCUAACUUUUCUGGGGAGAGUAUUGAGGCGUGGAUAGGCCUUUGGAAAAAGGCCUCAUCUCCGACUGUAGAGUGGUCUGAUGGCUCCCCGGUAACUCUCACUCUUUGGCACCAGUAUCACCCUCUUCGCAACCUGACGGAUGCAACACUCUGUGUCAAAGCAGACAGGGAGGAAGGUAACUGGCUUUUAGCCUCAUGUGAUGAGCGGCUGCCUGCUGUGUGUAGAAGAGAAAGCCAGAAUCACAUUCAUCAGCCUGGAACCUGGGAUGAGGGUUGUCCUGAGGGUUGGAAGCGACACGGCCACUCCUGCUACAUGGAGACUAGCCAUGAACAGAGCUAUGGAGAUGCACUGAUGGGAUAUUACUGCAAGGCUUCUCUCCUAACUGUGGAAAACAGGUUUGAGCAGGCAUUUGUCAACAGUUUGCUGAGCGAGAGUGGGACCAACAGCAGCAGGUAUUACUGGAUCGGCCUCACGGACCAGGAGAAGAAGGGAGAGUACAGCUGGCUUCUGCACAAUGGCUCCUCGCUGCCUCUCACCUUCACAAACUGGAACAAACACCAACCAGUCAGUGCCGGUGGAUGUGUUGCUAUGUCAGGUGGCCCUGCUUUGGGUCACUGGGAAGUGAAAGACUGCAAGUCCCACAAGGCCUUUUCAGUGUGCAAACAGAGCAUCAGCAGUUACCAUGAUGUCCAGCUGCCAGAGCACCACAUUGAUGCCUACGCCCCUUGUCCUCCGGGGUGGGAAUCACACUCUGGGAUGCUCCACUGUUUUAAGGUGUUCCACGAUGAGAAAGUUCUGAUGAAGCGUUCCUGGGUGGAAGCCGACUUCUUCUGCCAGGCCCUCGGGGCUCAGCUGGCCAGUUUCCACCACUAUGAGGAGCAGGUGUUUGUUAAGCAGCUCCUCUCUACCAUGUUUGAAGGAACAGAGGGUCGCUGGUUCUGGGUGGGUUUAAAUAAGAGAGACCUUGAACAUCCUGGGACCUGGGAAUGGUCUGAUGGUUCUCCCGUGGUGACGUCCUUCAUAGCGGAUAAGAACGAGGAGGAUGACAGGAGGGACUGUGCUAUGUACAGCGACCUGACCAACACUCUCAUGCCUCAACCCUGUGACACCAAACACGAGUGGAUCUGCAAGCUGUCCAGAGGUGAUAAACUGAAAAAACCCUAUUGGUACACUGAGCAGAGCGAGCCCUGGGUGUUUUACCGCGGGGCUGAGUACCUGCUGGCCAAGCAGCCCUUUGAUUGGGACGCCGUCUCUCUGGCCUGUCAGAUGAUGGGAGCCUACCUGCUGUCCAUCCACUCCAGGGAGGAGCUGCACUUUGUCAAGGAGCGCUUGCGGCGGCUCUCGCUGGGCCCGACAGACUGGUGGAUCGGCCUGUCCAUUGGGCAGCCUGGAGAGGAGGUCAGGUGGAGCGACAAGACAGAGGUAGAAUUUCAGAACUGGGAACAGGGGAGGACCGGUGGUGGUCCAAGGAAAAACGAGUUGUGUGUCACUAUGUCCUCUUCAUCAGGGAAAUGGUCGGCGAGUAAAUGCAGCGAUCUCCACGGCUACGUUUGCAAGAGAAAGACUGUGUCUGUGGUGGAGACUCCCAGGGAGCCGCACUACAUCGGAGGAUGUCCGGAAAAUUGGCUGUACUUUGGACACAAGUGUCUCCUUCUUCACCUCCCUGACAGCCCAAAGGAGGGAAAGAGUUGGAAAGAUGCCCAGUCCAUCUGCUCCUCAUUCGCUGGUUCGCUGGUUGCUAUAGAAAACGAGAUUGAACAAGCCUACAUCACCAUGUUGCUCCAGGGAAGCUCUGUAGGUGUGUGGAUUGGUCUGGAAGACUCCAUGAAAUGGACCAAUGGGAAAUCAGUCAGCUAUACCAACUGGUCUCCAAUUGAACCAAAGAGCUACCUAACUGAGGAUCAGUGGCUGACUGGAUUUGCUGAUGAGCCAUUGUGUACUGUUCUGUCCAACAACCACAACUUCCACCUGACAGGGAAGUGGUACGAUGAGAAAUGCAGCGAGAGUGGGUAUGGCUUUGUAUGUGAAAAACCUCAAGAUACAUCCAAACCCCCCACCCACUCCUAUCACCACCCUCUCCCUGACAAUAUUGAGUACAGGAGCCGCAGCUACAAAGUUGUGUCUGGCAACAUGAGCUGGUACGACGCGAUGCAUAUGUGCAUAGAGAAUGAUUCUGACCUAGUGAGCGUUACAGAUGCCUACCACCAGGCUUUCCUUACUGUCCUUGUCAAUAGAUUGGCAGUCCCCCACUGGAUUGGACUGUAUAGUCAAGACAGUGGCAUCAAUUAUCAGUGGUCAGAUGGCAGUGACACAGUGUACACACACUGGGACGCAGCCGAUGACGAUGACAACUUUGUAACAGGAGAAUGUGUGUACAUGGACGUGAGCGGAGGCUGGCGGAGAGCUGACUGUGAAUCUCUGCUACCAGGAGCCCUGUGUCAUGUUCCCCCACCAAGCAGCAAACCAUUUAUCUCAUAUGAGGUGGUGUGUCCCUCCACGUGGGUGAAACUCGGACAUGGCUGUUACAACUUUGAGCCUGUGGUGCAGAAACUUACAUUCCAAGAGUCAAGAGAGCACUGCAGGCAGAAAGUCAACACCUCAGAUGUCCUGACCAUUGAGAGUGAGACAGAGAAUCGGUUUGUUCUGGAGCAGCUGUGGUCGUCGGGGUUCCUUCACCACGCCGUGUGGUUGGGGAUGUACUUCAACAUUGACACUGAUUCUAUGGCCUGGGUGGAUGGUUCACCUAUGGACUACACCAACUGGCCUAACAAAGCCCCAGACUCCAAGCUGCUGACUGCAGAUGCCUGUGUUACUACCAGUGUGGUUGACGGUUUGUGGCACCUGUCACAGUGCACCGAGCGGCUCGGCUUCGUCUGCAAAACCAUCUCAGAUGUAAUUACUGAGGUGGAAGUGGAACCGCUAAAUGGUUUACAUCAUGGCAUCAUCCCUGCUGCAGUGCUGGUGGCUGUACUGAUCUUUGCCCUGCUGGCAGGAGCGAUGUGGUUUGUGUACAAGAGGAACGCUUCACGUUUUCGUGGGCUUCAUAAUCUCGGCAGUGCUUAUUACAGACAAACCAGCUCACAGGCUACAGAGUCGGAUGGAAAUGUGCUGAUCGCAGACCUGGAGGCUCACUCCGGAGAAUAGCACUCAAUGACUCCUUGAAGUUCUCUAUUUGGUUUUUCACCAUUUCACCAUCAGGUAUAAAUGCCAUAUGACAUUGUAAAGCUGUGACUCCUCGGGACAGUGGUGAGAUGAUGACGGCAAAGAUUUCGUUUUGUAAUUUGAGAAUGUGUUUGGAGGAUCCCAGUUGCUCUCAACUGUUUUCAGUCAUUCAAAACAUUUAAAGGAGACAUAUCAGGCUCAUUUUCAGGUUCAUACUUGUAUUUUGGGUUUUUACUAGAACAUGUUUACAAAGUUUACAAAAUAAAUUUUU